CGCUGCUGCGUUCCACUCUCAUCCCGCCCCAUCCGGUCCUGCAGCAGUAGGCAUGUCCAUCCGAUCUAAAGUGGUCCUGGGCCUUUCGGUGGUCCUAACUUUGGGGACGGUAGCUGGGGUACACGCGAAGCAGACCCUGGAUAGAGAGAGACUACGUGAAGGUGUCCUCCAUGACUUAGAGAGGCAGAAACGGAAACAGGAUAACUUGCGUGUCCUGCAGGAGCAGAUGGAACUCACCAAGCAACUGGAGUCUGAACAUGAUAAGAGUCUUUAAGUGGUGAAUCAACCAAACUUAAGGCUUUGGACAUCUAGAUCAUGGGCUCCCGAUAUUUAACCUUUGGAUCUUAUGAGUAUUUUUGCCCUUAUAUACAUCAUCAUCAUCAUCUUGGCUGUUUUACACUGUGGUCACACGCGGAACAUUCAUGACUUGAUAAUAAAAGUGACUUAUCCCAAAUUAAAA